UUUAUUAACAGAACUUGUGUUAAUACCUACUGUAGAACCUAUUUUUUCCACAAAGAUUCCCUACUAUUUCAUUUAGCAGGUAAAAGGCACCAUAUGAUACAAAUAUAUCCUAAGCACUCAAGUGCUUCACUCCAAGAAUUCAUCUUGAUUUAAAUUAAAUACUAAUAUAUCCUAAGCACCCAAGUGCUUCACGCCUGCAUUCCCCUUUGUUAAUAUUAACUUUUCACCUUGAACCACAUUUUGAGGUGGUGGACCAGAAAAAAGUCACUAACUUCAGUAAUUAAAUACUUACAUGCAGCCGAAAGUUUUGUUUUUUAAUGUAUAAUAAAAGUGCGUGCCCUGGAACUAAGUUCAUAAAUUAAGGUUGUACCAUUUCACCAUUUAGACAUCAGAUCUGUUGAAACAGCUACUGAAAACAAGCAUCACAGUGAAUAUAGCAAGAACUAAGUCAGAUACAUGGAUUCCGUGUAUAGGAAUCCCACUGAAACGGUUGAAGAUCGCAUCAAAAACCUUCUUUCUCUUAUGACAUUGAAAGAGAAGAUUGGUCAGAUGACCCAAAUUGAACGUUCUGUUACUACUCCUUCUGCCAUUAAAGAUUUCACCAUUGGGAGUGUAUACUGUGCUCCACCAAAUAGUGCAACUGCUAAGAAGGAAGUGUCUUCUGAUUGGGCUGAUAUGGUGGACGGGUUUCAGAAGCUGGCACUUGAGUCACGGUUAGGCAUACCAAUCAUUUAUUGUACUGAUGCUAUUCAUGGUAACAAUAACGUCUAUGGUACUACUAUAUUUCCUCACAAUGUUGGCCUUGGAGCAACUAGAGAUGCAGAUUUAGUUCAAAAAAUUGCAGCUGCAACGUCACUUGAACUUAGAGCAAGUGGAACUCACUAUACUUUAGCCCCUAGUGUAUCUGUCUGCAAAGAUCCUAGAUGGGGUAGAUGCUAUGAGAGUUACAGCGAAGACACCGAAAUUGUCCAAAAUAUGACUUCUUAUGUUUCAGGAUUGCAAGGCCAACCUCCAGAACAUUAUCGAAAGGGCUACCCAUUUUUGGCUGGGAGGAACAAAGCUAUUGCUUGCGCGAGACAUUUUGUUGGAGAUGGAGGCACAGAAAAAGGUGUAAAUGAGGGGAAUACAAUAUUAUCAUAUGAAGACUUAGAGAAGAUCCACAUGGCCCCUUAUGUGGAUUGCAUAGCACAAGGUGUUUCAACCAUUAUGGUCUCAUAUUCCAGCUGGAAUGGAGUCAAACUCCAUGGUCAUCAUUUUCUGAUUAAUGAUAUUUUGAAAGAAAAGCUAGGCUUCAAGGGUUUUGUGAUUUCUGACUGGGAGGGAAUUGAUGAAUUAUGCCAACCUUAUGGGUCCGAUUAUCGUUAUUGCAUCUCCACUUCAAUUAAUGCUGGAAUUGACAUGGUGAUGGUUCCUUUAAGAUAUGAACAAUUCAUGGAAGAGUUAACGUCUCUAGUUCAAUCGGGGGAAGUACCAAUGACCAGAAUUGAUGAUGCUGUCGAGCGGAUUUUAAGAGUGAAGUUUAUUGCUGAACUUUUUGAAUUUCCUUUAACUGACAGAUCUUUGCUGGAUACUGUUGGUUGCAAGAUACAUAGAGAUCUAGCACGCGAAGCAGUUCGAAAGUCGUUGGUUUUGUUGAAAAAUGGAAAGGAGCCUAGUAAACCUUUCAUACCAUUGAAUAAGAACGCCAAGAGAAUCCUUGUUGCUGGAACUCAUGCUAAUGAUAUCGGCUAUCAAUGUGGAGGAUGGACAUUUACGAAGUAUGGAUCUAGUGGCCAGAUUACAAUUGGCACAACUAUCUUGGAUGCUGUUAAGGAAGCUGUGGGACAUGACACCGAAGUUAUAUAUGAGAAGUGUCCAUCAACAGAAUUCAUAGAAUGUAAUGAAUUUUCUUUUGCCAUUGUCGCUAUUGGUGAAGCACCCUAUGCUGAGUGUGGAGGUGACAAUAAAGAACUUGUGAUCCCAUUUAAUGGAGCUGGAAUUGUAGACAUAAUUGCUGAUAAAAUCCCAACACUUGUGAUUCUAAUAUCUGGAAGACCUUUGGUCUUGGAACAAGGUUUGUUGGAAAAGACAGAAGCUCUUGUUGCAGCAUGGUUGCCCGGUAGUGAAGGAAAGGGAAUUACAGAUGUAAUCUUUGGGGAUCAUGACUUUAAGGGUAAACUACCAAUGACUUGGUUUAGAAGAAUUGAACAGCUUGAUGAACCUAGUGAGGGAGUGAAUUCAUGUGAUGACCCCUUAUUCCCUCUUGGUUAUGGGCUAGCUUGUAAUAAGUAGAACUCACAUGAAUUUAGUUACCAAAUAUUUGCUUAAGGAUUCAAUGUAAGGAGAUUGCGAACAAUCGAUGCAUGUAUGGUACAAUUGGUUGAUCUUUUAAAAAAUUUAUAUCAUAAUCACAUUUGCUUUCAUGAAA